CUCCUCUUGUUGACACGAAACAAGCAAAAAGAUAACGACCAGAACGUCCACAACUGGGUUUUGGGGUCAUCAUCAAGCCAUUACCAGCAAAUCCGUUUUUACGUGUCCACCAGAUAUUCCCGGAACCGACAAAACCAAGAGAGGGGCGACGUCAUCUCGUACAUUCUCUCCCGUGCGCCUUCACGAAUAAACAUCAACAAACCAGAACACAAACACACACACACACACACACACACACACACAAACAGAUACAAGUUCUUCAAGAUGGGCUUUGGAAGGAUAGUCUGCGUGUUUGUGCCAUUCGCACUUACAAUCGCCAGUAUCAUCACUCUGCUGGUGGCCUGCCUGGCAGGAAUCGCGUCCAAGGACUCGUACCAAUUCCAGAUCAACACCACCGAUUUCUCGAUCAGUGUGAGCGAGAUCUCGAGCCUGCUCGAGUCCCGCAGUGUGCCUCUUCCGAUCUAUGCGAGGGACUCUGCCGGCAGCGCCGUCCAGAGCGCGGCCAGCGCCCUCGAGAGCGAUGCUGGCACUGCCACCUCGGACCUCAAGAGUGACUUCAGCGGCCUGCUCAAGACUGCCUCGGCGGCCCUCUCGACGGCGACUUCUGUGGCUGAUGCCGAGUCUGCCAUCAAGGACGACCUGCUGAGCAGCAACAUCACGGCUGCGGACCUGGGCCUGGCGGACGCCUACUACGUCUCCAUCUGGAACUACUGCGAGCACAGCAACAACGGCACCACGAACUGCAAGAAGGGCAAGUUUGACUGGGCCACCAAUGCCACCAAGACCUUUGAAAACACCUUUUCGGCGGUCGUUAGCGCCACGGGCGGGAACACGACGAUCCCCACGACGCUCAAGGAUGGCAUGAACACGUUCGCUGCCGUGACCAAGUGGACCGAGAUCUGCUUCAUUAUCGCCUUCGUCUUCCUCGGCGCCACCAUCUUGUUUGGCAUCUUUGCCAACUGCACCCGCUUCUUCUCCAUCUGUGCCACCCUCGUCGCGGUUGUCGCCGCACUGGCUGUCAUCGCCUCCGCCGGCCUGGCCACGGGUGCCGCCGCCGUCGUUGUUGGUCUGGCAGAGGGCAGCGCCAAGAAGUACGGCGUCACCGCCUCCUUCAACAAGCACUUCUUGGUCAACGUGUGGCUCGCCGCCCUCUUCAUCAUCGUCGCCGUGCUGUUCUGGACCUUCUCCAUCUGCUGCUGCGCCCCUGACCACCACAGGAGGAGCCGCAGUGGUGCCGGCCGCAAGCACUAUGACAACGACGCCGCCAUGAUGGCCCAGACGGGCGGUGUUACGGGCGGCCGUGGCUACCAGCGCCUUGCGGACCCCGAGGUCCCAGCCAUGUCGAGUGCCUACUCUGGCGCCGGCUACGGCCAAGGCGAAUCUGCCCACUACUAUAACAACAACAACACGGGUUCGGCAUACGAGCCUUACAAGCACACAGCCGCCUAAGCUAUGCCUAUUUGAUUUCAUGUAUGUGUGGUUUGGAAGCAAGCAUGGACUGGAUUGCUAAUGGCUACUGGAACGGGGGACAUGGUAUCUUCAUCUGCAUCUAUUGACGGGCAAAAUGAAUGCGUUGGGCUUCAGGUUGACACUGCAUGGCGUUAAGAGGGGGAGGAGGGUAAACAUGACCAAUACUGCUGUUACACUUGGGGAUUUUAUCUUCUCCUUCAUUUCUUUCUUUUUUUUUUUUUUUUCUGUCUUGGGAGGAUCAUCACGACACGAAGUUGUUCAGGUAGACAAGACUAUUACUGCUGCUACUACGGAACAUGAUACCCGUCGGAAAGGGAAUGACAUACAUUUUAUAAAACAAAAACAAACGUCACCAUG